UCUACAAGCACCAGGGAGUCAAGAUGCAGGCACCAGCCUUCAAAGAGAAGAAACGGGGGGUCCCAACCAAGAAUCAAGGUGCCCAUGACCCAGACUAUGAGAAUAUCAUCUUGGCCUUCAAAAACCAGGACCAAGCGAAGGGUGGUCAUUCACGACCUACGAGUCAAGUCCCAUCACAGUGCAGGCCACCCUCAGACUCUAUCCAGACCCCCUGUUGGUUGUACAGAGCCAUCCUGAGUGUGUACGCCCUCUUGGCCCUGGUCUUCAUCCUCUGCAUCAUCCUCUCUGUCUUCAUCUUGGUGAAGAAUUCUGAGAUGUCCAAGGAGCUGGUGGACUUAAAAAGGGACCUUUGGAAUGACAUAAAAAACAUUGAGACAAAGGUACAGAGAAUCUUGGAGGUGCUGGAGAAAAUGUCAAAGUCUUCAUCUAAAUAAAGGAGGGGACAUUGUGGCAGCCAAAUCUACAGCUUGCAAGAUGGGGUUGCACCUGCCGAUGAAGAUGGGAAAUGACCCCCUUCCAGCCUAGUGUGAAUUUACCCCUCAUCCUGCAUAUAGAAAAACCUCUAGUCAUGGUGAAUGAGUGUCUCAGAGCUGCUUGUGUGCCUGUGUGUGCGCGUGUGUGCACGUGCAUGUAUGUGUGUGCAUUUUGCUGAGGGUGGCCAUUUCAGUGUGUCCCCCAGAAAGGUGAUGAAUGAAUAGGACCAUGAGAGUCACAGUGAGUGUGGCAUGCAUGCCUAUGUCAUGUGACAUGUAUGAGUCUUGGCAUGUCACGGCAGUUGGCUGUGUCUGAGGACGUCCAACAGAUGUCACUCUGAGUGUGGGUGUCAGUGACAUGCACUGCACGGGGCCAUCUCCCUGUUUGUGUAAACGUGCCUGAGUGUACUGCGGCAUGUUGUGGGUCUACAUGUUAUGGGGGGGGGGAGAUGUGCACACUAUGGAAAUGUAUCUCUGUGUGUAUGAGUGUCACCGUGUGUGCCCUGUCACUACCUGUGCCUGGGUGAACGGCUGUGUCAUUAUGAGUGUGCUGACUUAUGCCAUCCUGUGUGUUCAGGACACAUGCACACAGACAGUCAUUUAUUUCUGCACUCACAUUUUGUGACUCAUGAAGAGAAAUAAAG